AACGGACCAUUCCUCCUCACCACAGAACACCGACAAGAGAUUCAAGAUGUAUAUAAAAAAAUGAAAAAAGAAAGAAUGUGGAAACUCCCAACAGGGAGAUACGUUGAGGAAGAAUUAUUCAAAUUAGGGAAAAAACUAAAAUUCGAACACGCUGUUCAUUCAUUUAUUGUGGAUGUUGAUGACGAGACGAUUAGAAAUCAUUUCAAUGAAGCAGAAUUAGAUGAAAUUGACUGUACGUUGGGCCCACAAGUACCUGAGCUCUCGGAUGAUAUAACUAACUGUUUAGACAAAUUCAUUGAUAAGACAAACUUGAAUGAAAUUCGAGAGAUAAUAAAGGAUUUGAUGUUUGGCUCUAACUAUGACCAUAAAAAUCACCACGAUAUAGAUUACGUAAUUUUUGCUCUUUAUGCAUUGAUAAGGGAAAUACAGAAUGGAAGUUUGAAAGAUAACAAUCUUGAAACAUGGUUCAACUGCCAUAUAUGGAAUGCGUUUCUUGACCAGGCUUUUGGAGAUCUAAAUGCAAUAUCCAUUGUUAGAGGGGAAAGUACCAGCUUAGCAUCAGCAACACGAAAAAAUAUAAAAAGACGAUUAGGAGAACGCCGGAGAAUGGGUUGCAGGACUGAUUGGAUCUUGAGAUCUAUUAAUAAUGGUGAUAGAGAUGAAUUCGGGGCUGGGGAAGUUGGAAAAAGUUGGGAAGAUGAGAACGGAACAAAGUUUCUCAAGGAGGCAGGACUAAAACUACCAAAAACACUUAAAGAUAUGUUGGUGAAAUUAAUGAAAAAAGCAGAUUUUGAUGAAGAGAAAUGCGCAAAAAUUCAAACGGUUGGAAUAAUACAUGCGGACAAUCCAAAAGGAUACAUCUGCAGGUUUCAACGUGGUGAACUGAUGGAAGUUCCAGAUAACGAAGAAAAUUUUCCUUCUAUCCUUGUGAUUCUUGCAUCUGUUUUGAAUAUAAAGGCUGUGGUUCGAGAGACAAUAAAUGUGAUUCAAGCAAAAAAACAAACUCCUGAAUUAUUUAAAAAAGCCGGUUUUCGAAAAAGACCUCGCGACAAAAAUGAGCAUCAAAUAUCAUUUUGUUUAACAACUCCGAAAAAGGCUAAAAUAUGUGAAGUACAUUCUGAGGAUUCCGAGGAAUCACACCUAUCAACCCCAUGUCCCGGAUCGCCAUAG